GUAAAGUUAUGAACAUUCGUAUGUGCGCCUCUAACGUUAUCGACAAAUAUGAAUAAUCCAGAACUGUACCUGCAAAUCGGAACGAAGAUUUUAGAUCAAUACACAUUAUCAGUGUUGGGAGAUUAUUUACACAGAUUUAUAAAUGGAGAUCAUGGAAAGAAGACUAUUUUAGAUAUUGGAGCGGGACCCGGACAUUUCACUUACAAUAACAUCUAUCUUCCUCUGCGUCAUCAGGUUGGUCAACUGAUAGGUAUUGAUCAGUCGGAAAAAAUGGUCAAUCAUGCCAACCAGCACUACGGAAAUGAGCUAAUUAAUUUUAGGCAAUUAAACAUAGAGAAAAAGGAGGUGCCCGAGGAGUUUUUGCACUCGUUCGAUUACGUCUUUUCAUUUUGGGCUCUGCAUUUCGUUAAAGAUGAAGAGCAAACGUACAUUAAUAUACUGAAUAUGAUGAAACCUGGUGGGGAUGCUCUACUUCUAUUUCCAGCAAGCUGCGUUCUCUACGACGUGUACAAAAAGGUUUGGAAUCGUCCACGCUGGUCCGCAUUUAUUACAGAAGAUGACUUUGUAAGAACGCCCUAUAGCAGAUUUCAAAGACCCCAAGAAAGUUUUUCCAAUUUUCUAAGCGGCGUUGGGUUUAAGACACAGGAAUGCAGUUUAAGCAAGAUUUCUUUGAGUAUGUCAGACGUGGAGAUUAAAGCAUUCGUCGCAUCAAUCAUCCCUGUCAUGGAUAAGAUACCGAAAGACUUUCAGGAAGACUUUCUGGAGGACCAUCUCAAAGAAUUGUUUACUCGUAUUAGCUAUAAUGAUGACUUACUGUACGUUCUUGAUUAUAACAUAUUUGUGGUACAUGCAAAAAAGUAAAAUUCCAAGUUUUUACUCA